AUGCUAAGAAAUGAUUAAUAUAACAUUGUAUUACCACCUUGUUACAUAACCAUCUAUAUUGUUUGCCACCUACUAUUCUAUAAUAAAUGUUUCUAAUUUGCUUUAUUUGAUGAUUGCAAUCUAGCCACACUCUAUGGUGGAUAACAUCAAUUGGAAACAGUUUCUAAGUGGAUUUCCAAGAAUCAAUUCACAAUUUAUAUUGGAGAUGAAAAAUUGAUUGAAGUUAUACUUGGAAAGGCAAUUACAGUUGCUAAAAUUGAAGAGGAUUAGGAAGAAUAGGAAUAAGAAGAUAGAGUCAUUUAAUAAACUAAUAAUGCAUUGCCCAAUUUGUUUUACUAUUUUUAUUCAGACUUUACUUAAUAAUAGAUAGUCCUUUACAUCACUUUGAAACUUAACCUUGUCUAAGGAAAGACACUUAUUAUAGUUUAAAAUUUGUUUGAGAUUUACUAUUUGCAAUUACUUUUUUAAAGAUGUAAUAUCGAAAGAUAUCAAAUUUAUAACCAUGAAAACCCAAAAAGACUUAAAUAUUAUACAUUGUCAACUUUCAAUACUGGAGUUAUCUAAAUACUUGUAGCUACUGCCAAUGUCUUCUUAGAUCUGGAAAAUGAAUUCUUUGAAAGAAGCAAGUAACAAACUAAAAAAUCCAAAUAACCUUAUACUCUAAAGAAGUUAGAUAAUAUCAUUUUGUAUAAUUUAUUGCCAAAUGAAUUACCAGAUUAAAUAUUAAAAUCUGUGAGCAAUACUGUAUGUAUAGCUUCAAAUAAUGAAUAAAAUGUUGAAACAGUUAUGUAGUUUGUAAACACUGAGUAUAAUAAUAUUAAUUGCAAAGAAUAUCCUAUAAAAUAAAAUGAAAUUGAGGCAUUCCGUUAUCGUAUAGAAGAUACAACCAAAAAUAUAUCUAAAUAUUAAGUUAAAAUGGCUGAGCAAAUCGAUUUCAAAAAGAAGAUGAUCAAAUCACCAGAUCUAGUGGAGUACUUUUAAUAGAAUUAGAAAGAAAAAGAAUUGUUGUAAGAUCAAAUCGUAUAAUUAAAGAAGAAGUUAAAUAGAUCAGCAAUAUAAUUGCCAUAAGGUCCUGUAUCUGAAUAUUUGUUACCAGAAUUCAUCAAGAAGUAAAGGAAGAUGCAGGGAGAUUAAUCGAAGGUCAAAGUGCUUGUGAGAGUUCAUGAUUAAAUUACUGAUAAAUUGAUAAGGAAAAGAAGAUUGUUGAAUGAUGAAUAGAAUAACAAUAUGUUGCCUGAGUAAGAAGAGAAACCUAGAACAAAGAAGCCUGAGAAUUAAUAUGUGACAAUCAAUCAAGAAGACGAGGAUCCUGAAUUAGUUGAUUCAUCUCGUCUUAGACCCAUAAGUGGUAAGAAAACUUGGAAGUUGAAACAUGGAUUCAAAUUGAAAAAGAGAAACAAGAGAUUGGAAAGGAAAGGAGUCUUCACUACCUGA